AUGGGGCGCUGGAGACCGAAGAUCGUAUGCCAGAGCUGUGGUGGCAUCUUUUCAACCCAGGAUGCCGCCGAGGAACACAUGAGGGCAAUGGAUCAUUGCCCAUACCACUGUGCCGGAUGUGAAAACCAUUUUCAAGAACAACCAGCACGCUCAUACGCACCUAGGGGCCAAUGUGCCGUGUCCCUUGUACAAGCUCGAAUUUGCGACUCCGUACGAAGUUUUACAUCAUAUCGAGGACGGAUCUUGUCGCAAUUUUCCCAAGUUAAUUCCGGAUCUUGA